CUCUUUUCAUCCACCCAUCCUUUACAUUCAUCUAAAAACCAUGGUUCCCCAACUUCCAGACGACAUCUUGCAUAUGCUAUGCGAGGAACUAGCAUUGCAACGCAGUCUCGACACUCUGUUCAAUUGCGCCACAGCAAGCCGCGCCUUAGCAAUCCCAGCUUUGACAUGGCUCUACCGCUCCCACCACAAGUCUCCAGUCCGAGGCGGAGGGGAUGACGAAGCUAUAUCUAUGGCUACUCAUGAGCUGGUUGUUCAGAGAUGGUCUAUCCUAUGGAGAUCCAUUAUUGCAUCCGCGCUGGACGCGACUCUCUUCCCUUACUGCAGAUACAUCACAACGCUCGAUCUGCGUGAUCUAGCGUACCUCCUAGAAAAUGACAAAUUUAAAGGCAAAAUCUUGAAGAGCUUCUUCAGAGCAGACCUAGCCAAAUUCCAUCAUACCAUGGAGGUACCUUAUCGCAAGAGCAAGCGAACCGUCCUCAAUGUCAAUUCCAUCAUAGACGCGGUUGGAGAAGCCGUUACCGAACACACGCCGAUGCUCGAGCAAAUAAGUGGUCAACUCCUCUCGCAUGCACUCGUCCGAUGGGUUCCUCGACUUCCUCGACUCCAUUCGUUAGAGUUAUGGGAUGGCAAGGCGCUGGAGGAUGAGAUACUGCAUGCUUCUAUCCGGGCAAACUGCCCACACUUCGAUGCGCUCAGCAUCUACCAUUGGUAAGCCAUCGUAUUCCUUCAUUGGCAACAUCCGAUUACCACUACUUGGGGUAUCCCUAAGGGCUUCCAAAACUCCGAAUACGAUGUAAAUGACAAUGCAUUGGACAUUGGGUAGCCUUUUGACUAGCUGGCUACAUACUAGCUGAGCUACUCCCCACAGCGGUGUCUAGCUUCUAAUGGCGAUACUUAAGAAGUGAUACCUGUGUGCCCAGACUUAUGGUCUAGUACUAUUAGAAGC